UUGGAGGGAAAGCUUGGCAUCCUAAAUGGUCUGUCCUUGCGAGCUGUUUCGUCUACGACUCUGUGACAGAUGACGACGGCUUCAAGAGAUAUAAAGGUACGAGGAUAUCGCUGGAUUUGAAGAGGAACAGCUCAGGACCAACCGCCAGAAACAACGAGCCAGCCAGUCUGCAUCAUACACAUUCACUCUUUCACUUCAUUUCUACGCUUUACAAUCACUCCCCUUUUCUGACCAUUAUUCUCGCCUCCAUCGCCAACAUGAAGUUCUUCAUCGCCGCCACCACCCUUCUCGCCGGCUCUGCCAUGGCUGCCCCAGCUGUCGAUCUCGAGGAACGUCAGCUCGGCAGCAUCACCCGCAACGAUCUCGAAGAUGGCAGCGCCGGCGACUGCCCCGAGGCCAUUUUCAUCUUUGCUCGCGCCACUGGCGAGCCCGGUAACAUGGGCGCCUCCGCCGGCCCCGCCGUCGCCGGUACCCUCGAGAGGGAGAUCAGCAGCGUCUGGAUCCAAGGUGUCGGUGGCCCCUACGACGCCACCGUCGGCGACAAUGUCGGUCGUCUGGGCACCUCGCAGGAGGCCAUUGACGAGAUGACGCGCCUCUUCAACAUGGCCCACGACAAGUGCCCCGACAGCGCCGUCGUCACGGGCGGCUACAGCCAGGGCACGGCCGUCGUCGCCGGCUCCGUGAGCACCCUCGACGCCGCCGUCCAGGAGCAGGUCAAGGGCGCCGUGCUCUUUGGCUACACCAAGAACCGCCAGAACAACGAGCAGAUCCCCAACUACCCCACCGACAGGACCGAGAUCUUCUGCAACCCGGGCGACCUCGUCUGCGAGGGCAGCCUGAUCGUCGCGGCGCCGCACUUUGCUUACACGACCGCCGCGCGUGGGCCUGCUGCCGACUUUUUGGUGCAGCAGAUCAACAGUGCGUAGGUGGCUGUCGGUGUGCGAGAGGAGGACUGGGUAGGCCAGGGGGACGCGCUGCAGGGCUGGAACUCUGGCAAUGUCUCUCUUUUAUGAAGCUUCU